AUGAACCCAGAAUUAACAAACGAUAGACAAGAUAUGAAACAAAAGCUCUUUGAACCUGAGGAUCCCAACAAUGAUUCUGCUGGAGACGAUUCUGAUAAUGACAAGCCUGCCAGACGUUCAGGUAGAAGAAAGAUCAAGAUUGAGUAUAUCGAAGAUAAGAACCGUCGACACAUCACAUUCUCAAAGAGAAAGGCUGGUAUUAUGAAAAAGGCAUAUGAGCUAAGUACUUUAACUGGUACCCAAGUCUUGCUGCUCGUUGUAUCCGAGACUGGUCUAGUUUACACUUUCACCACUGUCAAGUUGCAACCUAUUGUAACCAAACCAGAGGGUAAAAACUUGAUUCAAGCUUGUCUGAAUGCUCCCGAUCCCAUGUCAAAUGAACAAGCUGCUGGUGACGCGUCUUAUGGCAACAGUUCACCUCAAAGCGAAGACAAGAAGCUUUAUGAUGACAAGCCUGAAUCAUCUUCUGCUGCUACUGCUGCUGCUCCAUCUCAACAAUCUCAACAACCUCAACAACCUCAGCCCCCUCAACAGCAACAACAGAAUGCACCUAGUGGUUACAAUGGCGGUAAUGGAUCAAACCCAGGGUAUCAUCCCUCUCAAUCGCCUUAUUCACAACCUUCAUCUCAACCUGCUGGAAAUGGUGGUAAUUACAGUGGUCAUCCCAGUUACAUGAACCCUGCUGGCCAAAGUGGUGGCUAUCAAUCUGCUCAAGGCCAACCCACACCAAAUGCAUACGGCCAAAUUCCUCAGCCUGCGUUCUACGGCAAUCAACAACAACAUUACAUGCCUCAUCAACAGCAUCAACAGCAUCAACAGCAGCAACAGCAACAACAGCAGCCUCAUGGCUACUGGCAACCAGCAGGACCCGGCUCUUUACCGAGACAAGAUCAAUCACCUAUCAUUGAUGAUAAAAGAGGCGUCAAAAAAUAA